UCGUCGAAGGCCGCACGCCAUUUCACGCAGUCGAAGUACUGCAAGGCUAGGGGGAUGAGAGUUCUCGCGGAACUUUGGAACGGCGCGGACUACACAUUCGUGCCGUCCACUGCUCAGCGGGUGCAGAGGUGGAUGGCGGACGAGGGGAUACGGGAUACAAGAGCGCCCGCGGGUGGCCAGCGACAACGGAUGGACGACGCAAAGAGGGACGAGAUUCAAAACGCCCUCGAUGAGGAGGAGGGCCGUGAGGGUGGGAUCGGGAAGGGGGGGGUGGCAGACGAGGCAGUCGGACAGCCUGACCUGCCAGGGGAGGAGGUGGUGAUGACGUCGAGAGGCGUCGGUCGAGCGGGUCCCGCUCCUAGGGCGUCGCAACCUGAGUUGGAGCGCGCGAGGAGGGAGAAGAGGGCAGUGGGGGAGGCAGACGUCGAGGUGCGAGACACGGGCAGAGAGAAGAGGGCUCGGCAGACGACGAUUGACGAGAUGUACGACAAGGAGAAGUUGGCCGAGUUCACAGACACGUGGCUGCAGUGGAUCUACGUGAAGGGUUACAGCGGGCGCCGAGAUCCCUUCGCAGAGGGCGAAGGUGGCGACGAUGGCCGACCAGACGCGUUGGAGAGCAUGUUGCACGGGGAUGCUUGGGCACGCAUCCCGUGGGAGCACAGGCUUGUAUCGCAGGCGCAAAGGGUGCAUCAGCAGAUCCGGGACGGGGAGUUUUGGCGGUGUGUCGACUACGCCAUCCUUGUCAUGGCGCCCGUCCACCAGCUGUUGCGCAGGAUGGAUAGGGGGGGGAUGAUGAUGUCCGUCGUUUACGAGUGGAGUCAGCAUGUGCUGCGAUUGAUGAGGAGGGUCGACGUGCCAGUGGACAUGAUCGAGUCGACUAACGCGGAAGAAGAUCUUAUUGGAUUCCUCUUUGGAUCGGUACGACCGGGUCGCCGUCAGUUGAUUGCACAGGAGCUCAUCGCACCAAUCGUGCAAUUGGCGGACGAUCUCUCGCCCGACAUCUACUGUCAGAGCGACAACAGUCCUGCUCCGUACAUUUUCGAGCGAUCCUUCGAUCCGUACCUUAAGUGGACUUCGUGCUUGGAGGAACCUAGGGACGAGGAUACGCUACCAUGGCGGCAGGAGUAUCUGAAGCCGUAUGAGAUCAUCCCUUACGCCUUCUACCCAAGGGCAGUAGAAGUGGUGAUAGACGACGACGAAGACGACGACGACGAAGAAGACGAUGACGAGGAGACAUCAAAGGAGGGAAGUUAUAGUGAACAUAGCGAGGGCGAGCUGAGUGAGGAGGAAGAGGAAGAAGAAGGAACCGGGUCCGAGUGGGACGCCCCGUCGGAGGAAGCGACGCGUACGGGAACGGAGGCGGAAGAUCCGGAAGCGGCGCGAAAACGCCAAGAAAUUGUCGCCGGGAAGUGCCAGCUGGAGUUCGCUAGCGAAGCUAGCCUGCGCCUCGGUAACGAUCUGACCCAGGAUCCCGAGCUACUGAAGCCCGAAGAUGGCGACCCUGCAGCCGCCACCUCAAGUACCGCGCGGCGGAGACGGCGCCGAUCCCCCCCCUCCUCCAGCCCCACCCGUCCCCCAGUUCGCCCACGUACCAAUGCGGGCAAUAGGCCUUCGACCUCGGACGCUGUCCCGCCGACCCCUUGAUUUUCUCACCCUCGAGCAGAUCCGUACCCUCGU